AUGGGCUACGAAGUUCGCGACAUCAAAAAUGGUGUUGGCAGUCGCGACAGUAAUUUCGGCUCUCGAGAUUACACUGGCGAUAUUCAAACUCUCUGGCAAGAUUUCGAUCGCCUAUUCAAAGAAAAACGUCGACUAGAGAAACGAACUGAGCCAUCAAUGUAUUCCAAAAUUUCAGAAGAAAUAAGGGAGCUAUGGGUAGAUAAUGAGAGGGAGUUAGAUACAGAGGUAGAAGCGGAGGAGAAUAGUGAUAGCGCUGGACCUAGCGGGACGAGUAGUCGUCGCCUUCGGGCAAGCUUUGGGGCUGACUUCCACUGGUGCACCAGUUUUCCCUCCCAUGCAGUCGCGCUAGGUCCAAGCCUUUUAUAUUAUUGA